AUGGGUAUCUUCUCUCGUAAGGAAAAGACUCCCCACGGAGACGCACACGGCUCCAAGAUGGGUCGUCGCCAGAAGGCUCACCAUGAUCCUCUUACCAUGUCUCGAAAGCCCUCUUUCGGACAGUGGAUCAAGCACACAUGGUUCGACAUUGUCACCAUGGCUGUUAUGGGUGCUAUUGGCCUUGGUGUCUACUUUGCUAAGCCCGCACCCGCACGAUCUUUCCCUGUUACCUUCGACGACGGCGAAAUUGUCUGGCCCGAGUACGGAUACCCUCUCCGUGGAGAGAUCAUUCCCAUCUGGGCUGCUGCUAUGUUGGCUGCUCUGGUCCCCAUCUUUAUCUUCCUGGUGAUGCAGAUCCGCAUCCGCAGUUUCUGGGACUUCAACAACGCUACCAUCGGUCUUCUCUACUCCCUCAUCACCGCUGCUGUCUUCCAGGUCUUCAUCAAGUGGCUCAUUGGUGGUUUCCGUCCUCACUUCCUCGAGGUCUGCAAGCCUGACAUGGAGCGAGCGCGCACCAUGGGAGGAUACAACAACAAGGGAUACCUGCAGCUCUACUACACUCCCGAUAUCUGCACAGGUGAUAAGAGCGAGAUCAACGAUGCGCUCGAGUCUAUGCCCAGUGGACACACCACCGCUGCCUUUGCCGGCUUUGUCUACCUGUACCUGUACCUCAACGCCAAGCUCAAGGUCUUUUCCAACUACCACCCAUCUAUGUGGAAGUUGAUCGCUACCUACGCUCCUAUUCUUGGUGCUGUCUUGAUCGGCGGUGCCCUUACUAUCGACAAGUACCACCAUUUCCACGAUGUCCUUGCCGGCGCCAUCAUUGGUACCGUCUUUGCUUUCUCCGCCUACCGAAUGACCUUUGCCGCCGUCUGGGAUUUCCGCUUCAAUCACAUUCCCCUUAACCGCCAUGCUCCUUUCCAGUACAACAUGGGUGGUGCUGAGCUCGUCGAUGCCGUCUUCACCCACAAGGCUGGCUGGGGUACUCACGGUGGUAGCUCUCACGGUCUUGGCCAUGGAAUGAAGGGUGACCGAGCUGGACAUGGACACAUGCAUGGCAACGGUUUCAGCGACGGUUCUGAGCAUAUGCAUGGAGCUGGCCACCACAACGGUUCUAUUCCUCGACGCCCUGUCGGUGAAGGUCUUGGACAUGGAACUCGCGGCGAAGAGAUGGUUUAA